UGAUUGCUCGGUGGCCGCUGCUAUACCCAGGGCUCCUCAAGCCGCAGUAUGCUCGGUCGCAGAUCACUGAGUUCAGACAAAAAGAGGGGUUUUAGGGUCUGGGACGGCGGCUUGGGCGCGGUGGAGUGGAGCUGGGACGCUCACUGCGGGUGCCGCUCCCCCAUUACUCCUGCUCGCAGGCGCUGGGGCGGCGGGCGCCCGGGGUCCUCGCCAGUUGGCGUUGGGCGGGCGCUCAGCCUGCGGGGGAGGCUGCUUGUAGAUCUCUGGCGCGCACUCCCCCCAUCAGACCCCACUCGCAGCCCUGUGUUGAGGGGCGACGUUAACUGCUCUGGGCGUCCUCGACCACGCGUGGCUGAGCCUCCCCCACCACUUGAAAGAGGCGGCGGCCACUUCUGCAUUUCUCCUCCGGCUCCUCGCCCCCGCUGCCCGCGGGGUGCCCGGCGGGCUGAUGAAGUUUGACCUUUUUUUUCCAUCAAAGUAUCUCCCCCACCACCCCGGUGCGCCGCGGCCUCUUCCUCCCUCCCUCCCCAGCCUUGGGGAGUCCUUUGGGCUGUCUCCAGAGCCCCGCGUGGGCCAAGCAGCGUGCAGAGCCUGGGAGGGAGAACGGGGGUGUUUCUCUAGCUGCGGAACUGUGGGGGGCGGACGUCCCAGGCGCCUGCCACGCUGCUCUGGCCCCAAAUUUGCCCAUGAAGUUCAGCCCAUGCCCCCUCCCCUUCGCUUCCCCGGAGCGGAGUGAGGGGCUGAACAGCCGCGAGAGGAAUGUGUUAAUUUUCUGGCCGGGGGAAGUUGUCCUCGCCCGGAAUGGGCUGCUUUCCGGCGGGGAGCGCGGCGUGCGCCUGGCUUUGUUUAUUUGUAGGAUCGACGGAAAAGUGAAGACAUUUACACCUGGACACCUGACCAUGUGCCUGCCCUGAGCAGCGAGGCCCACCAGGCAUCUCUUGUGGGCAGCAGGUCCAGGUCCUGGUCUGUGGACCCCUGGCAGUUGGCAGGCUCCCUCUGCAGCGGGGUCUGGGCCUCCGCCCCACCAUGUCGAGCCUUGGCGGUGGCUCCCAGGACGCUGGCAGCAGUAGCAGCAGCAACACCAAUGGCAGCAGUGGCAGUGGCAGCAGUGGCCCAAAGGCAGGAGCAGCAGACAAGAGUGCAGCGGUGGCUGCCGCCACGCCAGCCUCUGUGGCAGAUGACGCACCACCCCCCGAACGUCGGAACAAGAGCGGUAUCAUCAGCGAGCCCCUCAACAAGAGCCUGCGCCGCUCCCGCCCGCUCUCCCACUACUCUUUUGGCAGCAGUGGUGGCAGUGGUGGUGGCAGCAUGAUGGGCGGGGAGUCUGCUGACAAGGCCGCUGCAGCUGCAGCCGCUGCCUCCCUGUUGGCCAAUGGGCAUGACCUGGCGGCGGCCUUGGCGGUGGACAAAAGCAACCCUACCUCAAAGCACAAAAGUGGUGCUGUGGCCAGCCUGCUGAGCAAGGCAGAGCGGGCCACGGAGUUGGCAGCCGAGGGACAGCUGACGCUGCAGCAGUUUGCGCAGUCCACGGAGAUGCUGAAGCGUGUGGUGCAGGAGCACCUCCCACUGAUGAGCGAGGCAGGUGCUGGCCUGCCUGACAUGGAGGCCGUGGCAGGUGCCGAAGCCCUCAAUGGCCAGUCCGACUUCCCCUACCUGGGUGCUUUCCCCAUCAACCCAGGCCUCUUUAUUAUGACCCCGGCAGGUGUGUUCCUGGCCGAGAGCGCGCUGCACAUGGCAGGCCUGGCCGAGUACCCCAUGCAGGGAGAGCUGGCCUCUGCCAUCAGCUCUGGCAAGAAGAAGCGGAAACGCUGCGGCAUGUGCGCACCCUGCCGGCGGCGCAUCAACUGCGAGCAGUGCAGCAGUUGUAGGAACCGAAAGACUGGCCAUCAGAUUUGCAAAUUCAGAAAAUGUGAGGAACUCAAAAAGAAGCCUUCCGCUGCUCUGGAGAAGGUGAUGCUUCCGACGGGAGCCGCCUUCCGGUGGUUUCAGUGACGGCGGCGGAACCCAAAGCUGCCCUCUCCGUGCAAUGUCACUGCUCGUGUGGUCUCCAGCAAGGGAUUCGGGCGAAGACAAAUGGAUGCACCCGUCUUUAGAACCAAAAAUAUUCUCUCACAGAUUUCAUUCCUGUUUUUAUAUAUAUAUUUUUUGUUGUCGUUUUAACAUCUCCAUGUCCCUAGUAUAAAAAGGAAAAGAAAUGAAAACAAUUUUAACUGGUUUUUUGGAAGAACAACAACAAAAAAAGAGGUAAAGACGAAUCUAUAAAGUACCGAGACUUCCUGGGCAAAGAAUGGACAAUCAGUUUCCUUCCUGUGUUGAUGUCGAUGUUGUCUGUGCAGGAGAUGCAGUUUUUGUGUAGAGAAUGUAAAUUUUCUGUAACCUUUUGAAAUCUAGUUACUAAUAAGCACUACUGUAAUUUAGCACAGUUUAACUCCACCCUCAUUUAAACUUCCUUUGAUUCUUUCCCACCAUGAAAUAGUGCAUAGUUUGCCUGGAGAAUCCACUCACGUUCAUAGAGAAUGUUGAUGGCGCCGUGUAGAAGCCCCUCUGUAUCCAUCCACAAGCACAGAGCUGCCAGCGGGGAGCUCGCAGAAGGGGAGGGAGCACCAGGCCAGCCAAGCUGCACCCACAGCCCCCAGACUGGGGUCCCCCACCCCAACAGUGAUGAUUUUGGAGAAAAAAGAAAAUGAAAGUUCUGUUCUUUUAUCCAUUGCGAUCUGGGGAGCCCUGUCUCGAUAUUUCCAAUCCUGGCUACUUUCCUUAGAGAAAAUAAGUCCUUUUUUUCUGGCCUUGCUAAUGGGAACAGAAGAAAGGACUUCUUUGCGUGGUCCCCUGCCUGUGGGGGUGGGUGCCUGGGGGCCCCCUGAGGCCUGGGCCCCCCUGCCCACGGCCAGCUUCCUGCUGAUGAACAUGCUGUUUGUAUUGUUUUAGGAAACCAGGCUGUUUUGUGAAUAAAACGAAUGCAUGUUUGUGUCACGAA